UCCCGACGGCACUUCGGCUUAGCCAUGUGGUCAGCCUCCUGCUCGCAUCUCCAAACCGACGGACGGAGGCGGAGGGCAGGCGCCCGCCUGGAGCAGCCCCAAUGAAACUCCGCGCCGCGGCCGGAGGCUCCUAGCCCGUCCAGGAUUUUGGGGCAGAGGAAACCGCCUGUUUGCCGACGGAGCUCGGCCGUCUGGGGGGGAGAUGGAGUCGCUGGCCGCCGCCAGUCAGCUGGGAACUGGGAGAGACUCUGGCUCCUCCUCCUCCUCCUCGCCCCACUCCAAGCAGGAGCUGCAGCCUUACUCGGGCGCCAGCCCCCUGAAGCCCAACCAAGUCGGGGAGACCUCCUUGUAUGGCGUGCCCAUCGUGUCUCUCGUCAUCGACGGGCAGGAGCGCCUGUGCCUGGCGCAGAUCUCCAACACGCUGCUCAAGAACUACAGCUACAAUGAGAUCCACAACCGUCGGGUCGCGCUGGGGAUCACCUGCGUGCAGUGCACCCCGGUGCAGCUGGAGAUUCUCCGCCGGGCCGGCGCCAUGCCCAUCUCCUCGCGGCGCUGCGGCAUGAUCACCAAACGGGAAGCCGAGCGCCUUUGCAAGUCCUUCCUGGGCGAGCACAAGCCGCCCAAGCUGCCGGAGAACUUCGCCUUCGACGUGGUGCACGAGUGCGCCUGGGGCUCGCGCGGCAGCUUCAUCCCGGCCCGCUACAACAGCUCGCGGGCCAAGUGCAUUAAGUGCAGCUACUGCAGCAUGUACUUCUCGCCCAACAAGUUCAUCUUCCACUCCCACCGCACCCCCGAGGCCAAGUACACGCAGCCCGACGCCGCCAACUUCAACUCGUGGCGCCGCCACCUCAAGCUCAGCGACAAGACGGCCACCGACGACCUCAGCCACGCCUGGGAGGACGUCAAGGCUAUGUUCAACGGUGGCACUCGCAAGCGGACCUUUUCCUUACACGGGGCGGGCGGCGGCGGCGGUGGAAGCGCCUCCCAUGCGGCCAAGAGCGCACUUCACCCACCGCCGCCCUCCUCCACAGACCUGCCCCCGGUGCACAAGAGCCUGCGCUGCAGCGGCGCCGAGGAGCAGCCCGGAGAACGCGGCGGGCUGGGCUUGCCCGCGGGGGCACACGGGCCGGCCGCAGCCGUGCGAAGCUACCCGGUCAUCCCGGUGCCCAGCAAGGGCUUCGGGAUGCUGCAGAAGCUGCCGCCGCCUCUCUUCCCACCCCCCUACGGCUUCCCCGCCGCCGCCUUCGGGCUGUGCCCCAAAAAGCAGGACGAUUCCCUGGGAGGCGCCGGGGGAGGCGACCAGGUCAAAGCCGGUGCUUUGCCGCAGGGCAUGUUUUGGGGGCCGCCCCACCCCCACCCGCCCCAGCCUCAGCAGCAGCCGGGGGGCUCAGCUAAGGACAGCGGAGUCUACCCGUCCUUCCCCAUGUUCUGGCCGGCCUCCGGGAGCCUCCCGGUGCCGCCCUACCCGGCCCAGAGCCAGGCCAAGGCGGCCGCCACGGCGGUUGUCGUGGCCGCGGCCGCCGCGGCCGCAGCCGCCGCAGUAGAGCCUCUGGGCCUGCGGAGCCACGGCCACGUGGAGCUGGAAGGGUCGGAGCCGUCGGGCAGCGAGCGCAGCAGCGCCACCCCACAGGAAGGCUCGGGCUCCGGGGCCGCCGACGGCGAGCGCUGCUCCAGCGCCCUCUCCAGAGCUGCGGCCGUUGGGGAGGAGGAGCGCUCCGGGGACGAAGCCUUGCUGCCCCCACUGCCCCUGCCCAGGAAAGGCAGCUACCUGUCGGCCUUCCGCCCCGUCGUGAAAGACGCGGAGAGCAUAGCCAAGCUCUACGGGACUCGCGAGGCCUACGGAGGCCCCACCGGCUGCCCGGGCUACCUCUCACCGGACUUCCUCAGCGAGGGUAGCUCCAGCUACCGCUCCCUCUCUCCGGGCAACGACACGGUGGACGAGCCCGAAGUGGACGUCGAAUCCAACCGCUUUCCCGAGGACGAGGACGAGGAAGAGGUGCCCGUCGAGGAAGCCGAGGAAGCCUCUCCGCCCCAGCAGCUUCUCUUGACCGAGACCGAGGAGCCUCUUGCAGCCGUUGGCAGCGUCGGCGUCCUGGCGGCCGCGGAGAAGCCUGCGGAGAAGGCCCUGGAGCCCGACGGGAGCCCCCCGGCAAGGAGCAACAGCAGAGGCGGCUAUGAGGUAAAAAUAAUAAUAAAUGUGACUGUUGCCCUGUUUCUUUCGCAGGUGUAUCCACAAGACAGAGAGGAUCGGUCGCAAGCUCUCAAAGCCAGCACCCCUCUGGGCCCCCAGACAACCCCUUACCUCUGCACUCCGGAGAGGAAUGAACCAGAUAAAGAAGACAAUCAUUCGACAGCUGAGGAUUUGGAGAGCAAGAAAUCCUAUCAGAACCAAAGGAGCAUCUCUCAGCCCAGCCCAGCCCACACCGACCGAGGAGACGAGGUGGUCAGCAUUGACGUCACCGGGACUCAACUAGGGGAGAAAGAUAUUGGGAACCUCGCGAGAGAUGAGUUGCAAAAACUCCUCAUGGAGCAAAUGGAGCUGAGGAAAAAACUGGAACGGGAAUUCCAAAGUCUGAAAGAUAACUUUCAAGACCAGAUGAAGAGGGAACUGGCCUACCGCGAAGAAAUGGUGCAGCAGCUGCAAAUUGUGCGGGAUACCCUGUGCAAUGAGCUGGACCAAGAAAGGAAAGCUCGCUACGCCAUUCAGCAGAAGCUAAAAGAGGCCCACGACGCGCUGCACCACUUCUCCUGCAAAAUGCUGACUCCCCGCCACUGCACCGGGAACUGCUCCUUCAAGCCUCCUUUGCUGCCCCAGUGAGCGACCUUCUCCACAUCCAGCGCCCCUCCCCCCUCAAAAGUCUGGGGCCGAAGCCGUGGCUGCUAGAGAGGCGUGGAAGCGGAAUGGGUGGGGGGAAGGGGCGUGCGUGCCACACAAACUCACACUCAAGAAAUCCUGGACGGGGAGGACGCCCGCGAGACACUAAGCCAUGCCUGAAUCUAAAGAAGCAGAGCUGUGUAAAUAAGACAGGCGAGGGAAUCCGGAGUGACCUCCGCUCCAUUCCCCGCCCCCCUCGUGUAAAUAGAGGCUGCGUCGGAUUGUUCCGCCGAUGGUAUCGGGACCACAGGCAGACUGAAAAGACCUCGGAGAAGGUGGAGGGUAAGGAAGGCGGGAGAGAGGGCGGAGGCGAGCUCCUUUGAUUUGGGGUGGGUGAGAUGGGGAGUCACACCAGCGACCCCCUCCGCCCAGCACAGUUCCUUGGCCGGCCUCCGCAUCUCUCUCUCCAUCCUCUUCCACUUUUUGGGUCCACGACUCUCCACCCUGGUACAGACUUGGUCUGGGGGGGAGGGGGGCUUCCAAGUGGCGAUGUGCAAUGGAUAGAAGAAGCGUACUGUGAUUUCCCCGACUCCCCCCGCCCAGUAUUCGUUAAGUUUAUUUAUUUAUUUAUUUAUUUGCUGGUUUAUUUGUUCUGUAUAUUUAUUUAUGUUCCCAGCCCCCUCGACCAUCAUCUCUUGUAAACUGUUGAUGUAUAACAGCACUUUAAAGACAGAGGCUGGCGAGAUCGGGACAUAACGCCUGGCGCCC